AUGCACCCACAAGAACUCUCACACCUUGGUGUCGAUGUCAUCGACAUACGAUCUUCCUGUGGCACUGCCACUGGAAAGACUAUGAAAGAAGAGAUCCUCGACUCGAUCCGAGGAGGUGACGAUAAACAUUGCGUUAUUGAAGAAUCGGGCGGCCUCAUUGAGUGGAGCCGCUCUAUACCCACUGGCGCUGGACGUCUUGACAAAUCAUCGUGCUUGCUCGAUGGUAUCUGCAAGCAGAUUGAACUUGAUCAAACACUCAUGAAGGGGUCACGAGCAAUUUCUGCAACAUAUUGCGCAUUGGAUCUCCAAUACGAGCAGCUUCAAUCACGAAUCGAGCAGUUACUUCGGGAAAAGCCCAAUCUAGCCAACGGUCAGCUGGAGCUCCAGCCUCAUAGCGGCGUGUCCGUGCGGGGAGUGUGCGGAUCAUACUACGAUGCAAUCGGAUUCCUCCGUGACGGCGGGCUGGUUGACGAUUCAUCGCGCCCCCCGAUAUAUCUGCACAAUACGCAGUUUCGGAAAUGUCUGAUGUGGCUAGGUUCUUCGUUCACGAAUCUGAAGCCUGUCCAGGCCGCCAAAUUCCUUCGGCAGUUCACCCAGGAAGGCGUGCUGCAGGCGGGAGAUUUCAUGCUGGUCGGUAUUGACCGCUGCAGGGAUGUGGGGAAAGUGACGGCGGCAUAUAGCGACACGUCCGAACGGUGGCAGCAAUAUAUACAAAACGGACUAUACACUGCCGCCCACACUGUGGGCGACGAAUCGCUUGCGGAGAACUGGACAUAUGUUGCACGGUGGGAUGCCAAGGAGGGCCGCCAUUUGAGAUUCGUUCGCAGCGACCGACAUCGGACCGUUUCGCCAGAUAUCGAGAUCUCUGCCCGCGAACACGUGCUUUUGGCGCAAUCAUACAAAUACACACGGCAGGAUGCCCUCGGCGUGUUCGACAUGUCGGGGCUCACCGUCCGGUACGAGUGGGUCAACCAACCCGACGAUUGCUCUUUGUUUUUGCUGGAGAAGACGGAGCUAUGA